CCGAUGUCAGUUUGUCCGUAUCAGUGUCUAUCAAGCUUUAAGUUCUCAGCCAGCUCUGAAGUAAAAAGAGAUGGUGCUCAACAUGAAGGCCAGUUUGGUCUUCUUAGUAAUGUUGGUUUACCUGGUUUCUGCUGAUCCUAUACCAGAGCCAGGACCAGAACCGCAUCAUCAUGAAGAAAAGAAGCAGGUUAUUGUUAUAAAAGAUCAAGCUGAGCAUCAUCAUCACCAUCACCACCAUCAUCAUCAUAAACAUGGUCAUGACCAUAAGCACGGGCAUGAACAUAAGCAUGAUCACAAACAUGGUCAUGAUCAUCAUCACAAGCAUGGACAUGAUCACAGUCACAAACAUGGACACGAUCAUCUCCACAAACAUGGGCAUGAUCAUCAUCACAAACACGGGCAUGAUCAUCACCAUAAACAUGGUCAUGAUCAUCAUCACAAGCAUGGACACGGACAUCACCAUAAACAUGGUCAUGAUCAUCACCACAAACACGGCCAUGAUCAUCACCACGGACAUGACCAUCAUCAUAAGCAUGGACAUGACCACAAACAUGGACAUCAUCACCUGCACAAACAUGGACACGAUCACCAUCACAAACAUGGACAUGAUCACCAUCACAAGCAUGGACACGAUCACCAUCAUAAGCAUGGACAUGACCAUCAACACAAACAUGGACAUGAUCAUCAUCACAAACAUGGCCACCAUCAUCUUCACAAGCAUGGGCAUGAUCACCAUCACAAGCAUGGACAUGACCACCAUCAUGGCCAUAGCCACCAUCACAAGCAUGGACAUCAUCACGGCCACCAUCAUGGACAUCAUCACGGCCACCAUCAUGGACAUCAUCACGGCCACCAUCAUGGUCAUGAUCACCACCACAAGCACGGACAUGAUCACCACCAUAAACACGGACAUGACCACCAUCACAAGCACGGACAUGAUCAUCACCACAAACAUGGACACGGCCACCAUCACAAGCACGGACAUGACCACGGACAUCACCAUAAACAUGGACAUCAUCACGGCCACCAUCAUGGACAUCAUCAUGGUCAUCAUCACGAAAUCAGUCACCAUCACGGUCACCAUGGUCACAGUUUGGGUGGAUCCAGUUAUGGCGGUCUUGGUGAUCAUAGUGGUUUCUUUAAUCUUGGAAGUGACUUUAAAUUGUAAAUUCAGAGAUAAAAUGACUUAUUUAACUAAAGAAAGUGG